CUAGAAUGAUUUGAACUAUUUAUUCUUGUGAAAAAAGUCUAGUUUUACUGGAUUAAUUCCACUGCAAAAGAAUUUUGAGAAAUAGUUAUUGUCUUAGAAUGAUUGUGUUAGAAAGGAAGAUUCUUUGUGAUCCGGAAAUGGUUUCUGCAUUGCGGUUAAAUUGGUAGAGUUUUGGUGUGAGAACAAAGAAAGAAGAGAAAUUUAGUGAUGGCUGGAAAAGAAGAAGUGAAGCAACUCGAGGAAUGCUCUGUUUCAAAUGCUCUGGGCACCUGGGUUUUCUCAGUAGCUGGUGCUUUGAUCGCGAUUCCUGUGGGAAUCAAGCGGAAAUCCCUGGCACCCUUAGUAUUCUUUGGCACAACUGGCACAAUGCUUGAUAUAAUCAUGGGCAUCAGCGCUUGUGAAAGAGAACACGCAGAACGUCAAAUGAAGCUCUUGGAAGCACAAAACGCAGCUUCAGCCGAUGCUGUGACUGAAUCUUGAUAAUGUUUGAUUCGCCCCACUUAGUUUGAGCCCAAUUGUGGGUAACAAUCAAGGAACGUUCUUGUGCCUGUCAUGAGUUUGUUGUUACUGUAAAUUGGAAGUCCAAUAAUGAAUUUGGCUUUUCAGUAUAGUUGCUGUCUUUGGUAACUGAGUUUAUGGGACAGGUUUGAAAUCGAAAUAUGUCCAAGUUCAGCAGAGCA